AUGUUCGCUUGCUUCUCGGGUAACAACAAACCCAGACAGUCAUCAAACACCUCACCAUCAUCAACAUCUCCCAAAUCAUCAUCCUCUCGUCAACAAUUGAAUGAUCAACUCUCUUCGGAAUUACUCUCCAUUUUACUUUCCUAUUUUUCUCUUGAAGAGAAAUUACGAGUGUUGAGAUUUGUUUCGAAAGCAUGGUUUACCUUUUGUUGGAUUAGUACCAACAAAAUUCAUAUUGAUCAAACAUGGAAUCAACAAUUUGUGGAAUAUGUAAUUAAAUAUGUAGUAUUAGACAAGGCAUUACCAUUUGUGGAAGAAUUGAGAAUUGAGCAUGAAGCAGUCUUCAAAAAGGAAUUUUCAACAACUAGUUCUACCAUUAAAUUAUUUUCACAAAAGUUUGCUUCGAAAAGCCGUCGCCUCAAAUCACUGUAUAUCAAGCCAGCUAUUAGUGCAGAUGAACUCUAUUUUAUUUGUACUAAAUUACCAAAUUUGACACAUUUACAUGUGAACAUUCAUAAUUGCAGAAAUGAAACCACCAACAACAUUAUUAGUGAAUUUUUUGAAGAGCCAUCCAUGACUGAACCUAACAAUAUUCAGUUCAAAAGCAAUGAUAUUGUUUUGCCCAAGUUGAAGUCUAUUACGAUUGAAAAUGCCAACUUGUCGAAAGAAUUCAUCUCAAAAUUCUUAUUAUUGAUGUUACAGAAGAAUCUAUUGAUGAAUCUCAGAAGCAUGGGACUUGUUCAAUCGGUUCAACAAGGAGUUCCAUCAACCGACGGCUGUGAAAUGUUAGAUCAUUUAGAAAUUGCUAAAAGUAGUCUAUUAGAUGAAGCGUUUGAACAGUUCGAGAAGUAUUUAAAAUUCUACUGCGAAAAUGAAUUGAAAAUAUUCGGAAGCGUCAGUGAGAAGUCGUACAAAAAUACCAUUCCCUUAAAAUCACUUAUUUUCAAGUACAAUUUGUCGAUUCAAGAUUCUGGAUGUGUGGCUUGUUCAAAUAUAUUCAAAGGUAUUGAAACGUUACAUUUUGAUAAGAAUAAGAAACCUGAAUUGACAUUUGGAGCUGCUCCUAAAACGAACGAAGAUUCAUUGAUCACAGAAAAUAAUGGAUUGACAAGUAUCUUGUACAAAUUCAAAGAUACUUUAAAAGAUUUGAAAUUGUCAGAGUUUGCAUUUCAUGCGUCAGGACUACAGGAUGACAUUCCAUAUAAUUUCACACAAGUUCUAACUCAUUUGACAGAAUUGAGGGAAAUUCAUCUUGAUUUGGGUUCAUGCUCAAGAUCUGUCAGCGUACAAGCUCCCUAUUUAUGCUCAAAUCUAUUUGAAUUAUCGAAUCAUCUCGAAAAAAUUGUGCUCAAUGAAUGUGGUGAUGUUCUAACACAAGAAGGAUGGGAUUCCAUGACUGGAAUGCACAUGUCCACAGAUAAUUCCAUUUAUCCCAAACUGCAUACUCUCUAUAUUCACAGUGGGAAAAUGUAUAACGUGACUAGGAGUUUAAUCAGAGAAAAUGCCUUUGUGAAUUUGAAACAUCUCACUCUGGAUUAUUGUUGCAGAAUUGAGAGUUUAUUUACCACUGCAAAGGAACCUGCCUCUACCUCAACCAUUAAUGAGAAAGAUGAAGUUGUAUCAGUGAUCAAUAAGAAAAAGCUACACUCGUUGACAUUUGAGAGAUGUAUUCGACUCAGGCGUGGAAUGGAGCAAUUGCUAGCCAUGUGUGAUCUCAAGGUUCUGGAACAGCUUGAUUUUAUUGACUCCAGGGAGUAUACAAAUUUUGAAUGGAUGUUAAAACUGAAUCAUGUGAAACAGUUGGACCUGAGUAACAACAUUCAAAUGAAGGAUGAAGAUUUGAGAGGCCUAGUUAAUUGUGAACAACUUGAAAAGUUAUCUCUUGCUCAUAACAAAACUCUCAACGGAAAGGGACUUAAAUAUUUGGCAAAUUCUCCUCGUGUUUGCGAAACAAUGCGAGAAUUGAAUUUAGAUUGGUGUACCAAGUUAGAGGAUGAAGGCUUGGAAAGCGUUUCCAAAUUCACAAAUCUGAGAGUAUUCAACAUUCUGCAUGUUAAACGAAUCAAUCGAUUUGACUACUUGAAAAGUUUGACACAACUUGAAACAUUAAUCUUAGUAAGAUGCUUCAAUAUCAAGGAUGACAAUAUCAUUCCAGUGAUAGAAAAUUGUCCUCAUAUUAGAAUUCUUACCAUUCAUGGUGGUCAUUAUGGUUACAAUGAAUUCAUUACUAACAAAACCAUCAAAGCUAUUACACAACAUUUGAGAUCAAUUCAACAAUUGACUAUCAACUUUGCAGCCAUUACAGACAAGGGAGUGAAGGAAUUAAGCUCAUUACCAUAUCUCACUCAUCUUAAUGUCCAGAGAUGUAAAGUCACAGAAAAGAUGCAAAAGUAUUUCCCUCACACUUCAAUCAUUAUGGAUAUUGAUUACAAAAAGUAG